GCCGCAUGGCUCACAGGAGUCGCACUCUUGCCUCCACUUUAUAUUUUCCUCUACCUUCAAUUUGCAACGCAGAGCGGCCCGACUCUCCCCCAAAUGGACAUUCCAGGCGCGACCGGCAACAGCAACAGCAGCAUGACCAGACGGCGCCAUCAGCAUGGAUGGAGGCGGCAGCAGCAAUACCAGCAGCAAUACCAACAGCAGAAACGCCGAGCUCAAGCGCCGCGAGCUGGCCCAGCAGUCCAGCUUCUUCCUCAAGCAGCACUCGGCGUAUGACAUGAUUCCCGUCAGCUUCCGCCUUAUUGUGCUUGACACUAAGCUGCUUGUCACCAAGGCCCUGUCGACCUUGGUUCAGAACGGUAUUGAGUCGGCGCCAAUGUGGGAUUCUACAAACUCGUGUUACUCAGGCAUGCUGACAACAACCGACCUGGUGAACCUGAUUCAGUACUACUAUGCCAACUUUUCGUAUACCGAGGCGAUCGAAGACCUGGGCCAGACACAACUGGAAAACUACAAGGAGCUCCUCCUGCGGUUUAAGUCGCGACAAACCAACACGCUGUGUGCCAAUCCGCUGGACACGCUCUAUGAGGUGUCGCGGCGCCUGCUAGCCACAGACUAUUCAGCUCUGGCCCUGGUCGACGAGGACACGGAUACCGGCGGCGACGUCAUCGUGUCGAUGCUGUCGAUCUACCGGAUCCUGAACUUUAUGGCCCAGCAUUCUCUGUACGAUCUCGAAAUCGGCACCUACGGCAACCUGGUCACAGCAACCAUGGACGCGCCCGUCAUUGAUAUUAUCCGCAUGUUUGUCGACAACAACAUCUCGGUCGUGCCGAUCCUCGACGAAGAAGGCAUCGUGCUCAACGUAUUUGCCAGAGGCCUGCUCGACGAGCUCGACAUCCCAGACGACUACCCUGGUGUGCAUACGUGCAAGCAGAACGACACGCUAUACUCGGUCCUAGACACCAUCCGCAAGACACAGGUCCAGCGUCUGAUUGUCGUUGAUGACGAUACCAGGCCUGUCGGCGUUGUCGCACUGAGCGACGUCCUACGCGCCCUCAUCAUCUAG